AAGCUAGCUGGAAGUUGAAGCUAAAGUUAGUCGUUUGUGAACAGCAUUCAACUGAACAGCCGAUCCAUAAUCAUAAACCCAUUGAAGCCGAUAUUUUUUAAACUCCCGCAGACGUUACAAAACUUAUAUCUUCACCAUGAAACUUUUCACCUUUGCCCUCGUUGUCUUGAUUGCUGCCGUCUCGGCUGAGGACAAAUAUACCACCAAAUAUGAUAAUGUCGAUGUUGAUGAAAUCCUUAAAUCGGAUCGUCUUUUCAAGAACUACUACAACUGUUUGAUUGAUGUUGGCAAAUGUACUCCAGAUGCCCGUGAGCUCAAGAAGACCCUGCCUGAUGCCCUCAAAACCGAAUGUGCCAAAUGUAGUGAAAAACAGAGAGCAAACUCGGACAAAGUUUUGCGUUACAUCAUCGAAAACAAAGAAUCUGAAUGGAAGGUAUUGCAGGCCAAAUAUGAUCCCGAACAGACCUAUUACAACAAAUACAAGAACGAAGCUCAAAAACGUGGAUUGAAAAUCUAAGGUUCAACAUCUGGCCUUUGAUUAAAUUAUUCAUUAUGUAUAUCCUACUUACCUCGUCCCCAGCAAAGGAUUUCUUUCGUCCAUUCCUUAACUCCAUUCCUCGUAACCAGAAGCAUCCUUCGAAAUACUCAAUGUAAAGAGUAGAGUCAAUUGAAUUUACAUUUUGUAUGAAGGCCUCACAUUUAAUUUAUAUUCGAAUUUUAUUUAAUUUUUUUUUUUUAAUUUUUCAAAAAAACGCUUAUUAAGCAACUCCUAUUGCUGCAUAUGCUUUGCAUGUGUUGCCAAUUUUAUUUGUUAGUUUUUAAUGUAAAGUGAAUUUUUUCAAAAGUUGCUAAAUUAUCGAAAAAAUUCAAUUGGCUGUUAUGAAACUUAAUAAAAACAUUUUUUA